UGCGCAAAUCGACGUGCCAGGCUGCUGGGAUGGACAGCGCAUGCAUAUAGCCCACAUGACUUGCCAGCACACUAUUACGCAUGUGCCCAGCUCUCAACGGCUUCACUGCCCAAUGAAUUUGCGCAUGCGCUCUGCUCUCUUUUCCACUCCUGCUUACCCGUCAGCAGGCGCUGCCGGAGCGGGAGCCCGGGCCGGGCGGGCCGAGGAGCCGCCGCCAUGGUGUUUUUCUUCACUUCCAACGUUGUUCCUUCCGUUUACACCAUUUACAUGGGAAAAGACAAGUAUGAAAAUGAAGAUCUAAUAAAGUACGGCUGGCCUGAAGAUAUCUGGUUUCACGUGGAUAAACUGUCCUCCGCACACGUGUACCUUCGCUUGCACAAGGGCCAGACAGUGGACGACAUCCCCAAAGAAGUGUUGAUAGACUGUGCUCACCUAGUGAAGGCGAACAGCAUCCAGGGCUGCAAGAUGAACAACGUCAACGUGGUGUACACGCCGUGGACUAACCUGAAGAAGACGGCGGACAUGGACGUGGGGCAGAUCGGCUUCCACAGGCAGAAGGAUGUAAAAAUGCUGACGGUGGAGAAGAAGGUGAACGAGAUCCUGAACCGGCUGGAGAAGACCAAAGUGGAGCGUUUCCCAGACCUGGCUGCUGAGAAAGAAGCUCGAGACAGGGAGGAGAGGAACGAGAAGAAAGCCCAGAUCCAAGAGAUGAAGCGGAAGGAAAAGGAAGAGAUGAAGAAGAAGAAAGAGCUGGAGGAGCUUCGGAGCUACUCGUCGUUAAUGAAGGCUGAGAACAUGUCCUCUAACCAGGACGGCAACGACUCGGAUGACUUUAUGUAAAUAAAGUCUCUCUCCUUUCUCAAUCACGAGGUGCUUUGAGAUGUCUUAAUAUAUCACCGUCGCUAAGAAUACCAAAAAACACCCCAAACCAGUGAACUCUGACUCCAUUUCUUCAGAACCGGGUUGGUUCUCCGGGCAGCGCAAAUAGCAAAAGGAGGUUCCUGUGUCUGCGCAGCCGGGGUGGACGGAAGCACAACCGCCUUUCAGUUCUACAAAGACAAUGAUAUUUAUUCUCGGGUGUAGCUCUUAACCCAAUGAGAUUGAAAGAAAAACCACGAUGACGCCGCCAGCUCCAAACCGGGGGUGUAAAACCAGCUCACAGGUGCUUCGCAGACCGGAAACCUCGUGGCUCAUUAAAUACCAAGCAACAAACAAUGAAGUUUGAGCUGAGCUCUAAUUGCAGCCUCCUCACCUAUGGGCUGGGAGCAGAAAGUAGCCCCGCAGUGUAUUAUUUUCUUAACUUACAUUUGAUUUCUCGGCUGGAAAUCUCAGGAGAGAGAAGUUUGGGAAGAUGUGGAGUUUUGCGCAGCGUCUGCCUGGGCCGGACUGAGCGCUCACUGUACGAAACGGUCGCGAUAAUCACGACAGCCCCUGUAUAUACGUCACCAUUAAAUCCAUAUCGUGCUGAUGAAA